AGGGAGUCCGGGCAGGCGGGGCAGAGCAAGCAUGUGAAAAAGGAAGGGGAUGGGGCAGAACGGGUCAAGAAAAGGCUAAGAUUGGACUCGGGCGGGGAUGCAGAGUCCGGGGCGAAGGUCACGGAUGAUUCCUCAGUCACACAUGGCCCCGCCCCGCCCCACAAGAAGAUUAAGGAGGAGAUCAAGGAGGAGGUGAAGGAAGAGGUGAAGGAGGAAGAGGCUCCCGUAGAGGAACAAGUGAUUGAUCCUAACCGGGGCGAGAGAGCGACGCCAACCCGCCCCGCAGCCCCGAAGACCAAACCCAGCCCCGCCCCAGCCAGACCAAAGACCCCCAGCAAGGGUGCCCCGCCCUGUGACGUCCUGGAGAGUAUUAUGGCGGGGAUGACCCAGCCGGGCAUGCACAAGUAGCCCCGCCCUGCCCUGCCCCGCCCCGCCCCGCCCCAACACACACAGUAAUGUACCUUGAUGAUUCUCUCUCUUUCUCUCUCUGUCUCUAUCACUCUUUCUCAAUCUUAACUCCAACACAUUGCUCCGAUCUGCCACCCCAGAGCCACCACCACCACCACCACCAUCACCCUGUCAAACCUGCCCAAACCUAACCUAACCUACCCAUUUCUUUCUCUCUGCCUUGUUCUGAGUCACCUGCUCAACACCUUCACUACUUUCAAAGGCUCUAAUUGAAGUUACAUGGGUUUUUAAGGGUGUUUUUAUGGUUCUACUGGCAGAUUAAUAAGAUUUCUGCAUUAUGAACUGGAGAAACACUCUUAAAAAGGAUC